AUGGGAUCUAUCGCGUUCAAAUCGCCUCGGGUACUGCAGGCCCCGGGUCUUCCUUAUUUCACUCCAGCCAACAAUGGCGGCGCCGCUUUGAACCCUCAUGACCCCAGCACCCCAACUUUGUUCCGGCCGCUGCGGAUUCGGGAUGUCACUUUCAAGAACAGAGUGAUGGUCGCACCUAUGUGCAUGUACUCGGCCAACCCAAACCCUUCUUCCCCGGCAGUUGGAGCCCCUACUGAUUAUCACAUCGCACAUCUCGGUCAUCUAGCCACUAAAGGAGCCGGCCUUGUGAUCAUCGAAGCAACUGCUGUUCAGCCGAAUGGCAGAAUUUCUCCCAAUGAUCUCGGUCUCUGGCAAGAAGGAACAGAGUCCGAGCAAUUCAAAGGAUUGCAACGCGUUGUGAAUUUUGCUCAUAGUCAAGGAGCCAAGAUUGGAAUUCAGUUGGCUCAUGCCGGUCGAAAGGCAAGCACUGUCGCACCCUGGUUGUCAUCCGAGGGCAAGAGAAGCAGCAUCAAAGCUGAUGAAUCCGUCGGAGGCUGGCCGACGAAUGUAGUCGGCCCCUCUGGAGGUGAUGAGCACAUUUGGGCCCCAGGAGAUGUCAAGUAUUGGGCUCCCCGAGAACUUAGCACAACUGAGGUUGAAGAGGUUGUGCAGGCCUUCGUUCGCAGUGCCAAACUGGCCAUUGAAGCCGGUGUAGAUAUGAUUGAGAUCCACGGUGCUCAUGGAUACCUACUGAACCAAUUUAUGAGUCCGGUCACGAACCGUCGCACUGAUAAGUACGGCGGAAGCUUUGAGAACCGCAUCCGAAUUGUACGGGAGGUCUGCACUGCAGUCCGUGCUGCCAUCCCUGCUGGAACUCCCCUCUUCCUUCGCAUCAGUGCUACCGAAUGGUUGGAAGAGCAACCGGUCGCAGCAGAGACCGGCAGCUGGGACAUGUCUGCAUCCAGCCAAUUGGUGACACUGUUGCCGGAAUUCGGCGUUGACCUUUUGGAUGUCAGUUCGGGUGGUAACCACAUGGAUCAAAAGCUCCAGCCCCACACCAACUAUCAGAUUGAUCUUGCGGGUCAGUUACGCAAAGUGAUCCACAAGGCGGGCCAAAAGACCCUGGUCGGUGCAGUCGGUCUUAUCACGGAGGCCGAGGCAGCUCGUCAGAUCGUGCAAGGCGCGGACGAAGCGGUGGCUACUGAGGAAAUGCUGUCUGGCCCAGAGCCUAAGGCUGAUGCAGUUCUCAUGGCUCGCCAGUUCCUUCGGGAGCCCGAAUGGGUGUUGACGGCAGCAAAGAAAUUGGGUGUUCCGGUCUCGGUCCCACUCCAAUUCGCCCGGGGACUGCUGUAA